AUGGAGCACGAGGACCACUUUGCAAAAAACCAAAAAUAUGAUUGCCUUCUUUUUGAUUUAGACGAUACUUUGUAUCCACUCAGUUCUGGUCUUGCAGAUGCAAUUCUGAAAAAUCUUGAAGCCUACAUGGUUGAAAAGCUUGGCAUAGAACCAAGUAAAACGGAUGACUUAUGCAACCUUCUUUACAAGAACUAUGGAACAACUCUAUCAGGUUUAAGGGCAAUUGGUUAUGAAUUUGACUAUGAUGAAUAUCACAGUUUUAUUCAUGGGAGAUUACCUUAUGAGAACCUGAAACCGGACCCGGUUCUAAGGAACAUGUUGAAGAGCCUGCCCUAUAGGAAACUCAUCUUCACAAAUGCAGACAAAGUUCAUGCUCUUAAGACACUAAACAUACUUGGAUUAGAAGACUGCUUUGAAGGAAUUAUAUGCUUCGAGACUCUUAAUCCAAUCAACAAGAGCGGUGUCACUGAUGAUGAAGAUGACGUUGAGUUCGCAGGCUCAACAAGUGCUACUAAGCUGGAAACUAGUAAUAGAGCAAGCAACUCUCGGAUCUUUGACAUCAUAAGCCACUUUGCUCAGGAAAAUCCCAGUGGAAACCUGCCAAAGACACCGGUUGUUUGCAAGCCGUCAGAAAAAGCCAUUGAAUUGGCUCUCAACAUAGCCAACAUUAACCCACAUAAAACUUUGUUCUUUGAAGACAGUGUCCGCAACAUUCAAGCUGGAAAACGUUUGGGACUUGACACUGUGCUGGUCGGUAGAUCGCAAAAAGUUCAAGGUGCGGAUUAUGCAUUGGAAAGCAUCCAUAACCUUACUGAGGCACUGCCUGAUCUAUGGGAGGCAGACGUAAAAUCAGAAGUGGUUUACACUGAGAACCUUGCUAAGGAGACAACAGUAACUGCUUAA